ACAGGGGUGUUGUGAAGAUACAGACAUUAAAAUGAGAUGUACUCAGAUGCUAUGUGCCUGGGGGCUAUACGAGUACCAGUGACACACUCUGGGGGUGGGAUCUUCAAGAGCACCCAGAAACUGCUCCCAUUGAGCUCAAUGGAUAUUUUACCAUUGUUUUCAGUCAGAGCAGAGUUAGGCCAAUACUAAACUCUUUUGAAAACUCCCACCUGUCUGAUUUCCUGACCUGUGAGGAAAAGCAAUAUUAACAUCUCACACUGCCUGUGAGAGGAACAAAGUAAAUGGCAUGUUAAUUAGCUAACCCUUCUCCCCACUUUCUUUUUUUUUUUCUCCAAACAGACUUUGCUGAAAUUGUUCUUCAACAUGAAUCCAGGAGUAAGCCUCCUGUGUUUCUUCCUGUGCUUGAGCCCUGUCGUUUGUGACCGGGUGUACGUCCACCCCUUCCAUUUGUUUUCCUACAACAAAAGCAGCUGUGAGAAGCUGGACAACUUGACACAGGAGGAGAAAAUGUUUGUCCCCAUUUCCAUUGAGUCCCAAACCAUCCCUGCCUAUGAAGAGAACCUGAAAGACAAAACCAAGCUGGGAACACAAAGCUUGGAUACCAAGCGUGACCAAAAGCUGAGCUACUUGAAAGACCUAGUGCAUGUCCUUGGUAUGCGCUUCUAUGGGGUGCUGAAGGAAACACUGAAGGGUGAAAAUAUUCUCCUGUCACCUACCAAUCUCUACAGGUCUUUGUUGUCAUUCUACUUAGGGGCCUCCGAACAGACAGCAACUGAUUUACAGAACUUCUUGGGAUUCGUUCCCCCCUCCGGUGACCCAGACUGUACCUCCAAAGUGGAUGGACACAAAGUCCUUUUGACCCUGAAGACCAUGGACGACCUGCUCCUCUCAAGUGGAGCUGAUGAUCUACUUUUUACCAAGCUUUCCUGUCUCUUCUCUGCUCCCAGUGUGCGUUUAUCCAAAUCACUCGUGCACAGCCUGGCCCCUUCUGCCGAUUAUUUUUAUGCCCGAGCUGUUGACUUUACGAACUCAAGUCAGGCAGCGGAACUAAUUGAAAGCUUUGUGAAGGGCAAAGAUGCCAGCAGAACCCAGAAUGUACUGACAAACAUAGAUCCAUCUACCACCCUGCUGUUUGUGACUUACAUUCAGUUUAAAGCCAAUGUGAAGAAAGCCUCCCAACUGAAAGAGCUUCAGGAGUUCUGGCCUGAUUCAAGCACAAAGACCCUGGUGCCUAUGAUGUCCGUAACUGGAACAUUUCAGUACAAGAGGGACGACAGCAAGAAAUUUUCAGUAAUCAAAGUUCCUGUCAGCGAGAAUGCUUUCCUCGUGCUGGUGCAGCCUGUCAACAGCAAUGACCUGAACCAAAUAGAGUCAGAACUUUCCUUGCAUCCAUCUUCGACUUGGUUGCAAAAUCUGUCACCCAGACAUAUUAAAUUAUCUUUGCCAGAGUUAACAAUACAAAGCGCGUAUGACCUUCAGGAACUGCUCACAAACAUGAAUUUGUCUGCACUGCUGGGGAAGAAAGCAAAUCUUACUAAAAUAAGUGAUGCCAAUCUUACUGUUGGAAAGGUUAUAAAUAAGGCCCUUUUCAAACUGAAGAAUGGAGUAGAUCUACCAGAAGACCUCUUAGAAAAAGAUGGAGGCUCGCUGCCACUGGAAGUAACACUGAACAAACCGUUCCUACUAGCUGUUUAUGAGAAGAAUUCAAAGGCAAUGGUUUUAAUUGGCAGAGUAACAAACCCACUGAAUGGUGUUUAAAACCAAGGGCUGCAGGGUGGGGAGGGGGGAGUGGAAAAAAGGGCAAAGGGAUAGGCAAAGCAUCCCAUGUUUCCAGUCCCCAUUUCCCUCUGCUGUCUAUGAGCAGCUGUAAUCAGCUUUGAAAUGAAGCAGAUGGUAUUUCAAAUACAACGUUUAAAAGAUAAAAUGCUAGUGAUAAUUGUAUAUUCCCCUGCCCCUCCCCCCCCCAUUAGUCAUCCACUGAGAGGGAGGAAAAUCCUUUGUCUGUCUAUUGGGAACACGAUGAUUCCAGUGUGAAAUCUUUAUGGCAUGAACAGCUAUAUUACAAGCUGCAGUGUGAAGCUUGACUGCUUAAUGUAACUGGUGUUCUACUGCAGACAAAUAUAAAGAAGGGGUAACUUCAUCUCUUUUAUACAUUUGAAAAGUUGGGUGGUUUUGUGGGAGUAGCACAGAUUGUAUUAUAGAAGUAGUAUUAAAACAAUACCAUGUGAGCAUGAUUUUGGGAUGUUUCUCUUCCCCCCACCCCCAUCCAAAUGGAAAAUAAUAUGUAUUUCCUAACUGUAUUGAGAAACUAAAAUAAGGUUGGUUUGCACUGAUGAGCUGAAAGAGCAAUAUUAAUAUACACACCUCUUUGGAAAGCCUUAUUUUUCCACUAGAAAAGUUCAGAUUAUUUUUAAAACCACAAAUCAUUAUUUAGACAUCUACACUGAGAGCCAUUUAUUAUACACAGUUAUGACCUUAAUGAAAAAGACUACUACUAUUUUGGGCCAAAUUCUGUAAUUCUUAACUCUCAGAGUAGUUCUAGCUCAAGCACAUAGUCCCAUUGGAAGUAAUUUGGACUUGUGACAUGAGUAAGUGCCACUACAUACGAGCCAAGGUUGUAGAACCAAGCUCCUAGGGCCCAAUCAGUCAAGUCACUGAAGUCAAUAGAUUCCCUGUUGGCUCUAAUGGGAGUUUAAUCAGGCUCUUAGAUCAUAAACUUGUGGAGGUAGUGGCUGUGGAUGAAAUCCUGGACCUACUGAAGCGAAUGGGAGUUUUACCAUUGAUGUCAAAGGAGCCAGGAUUUCACUCCUUGUCUGAUUACCUGUAUGUAAAGCAAACACCACACCGCUGGCACUCUACAAAUAGUGCUAAAAUGCUCCAGAAUGUAACCUUUUACAGAUCAUAAUGGAUAAGAGUAACUAAUACAGCCAAACCUGGGAAGAUUAUGAUGUCAAAUGCAGUAUCUAUACAUUUAUUUGAUUAUGCUGUAUGUAUUCCAGAAGACACUAUAACAUUUAAAUACUGUGCUUGCAUUGUACACACAAGCAACUUUUACUUUAAAUAUUCAGAACAAGAAAAAUUCACAAAUAAAACAUUUACAAAUGGCGUUGCCAGUAUUAUACUUAACGUACAGUUUAUAACUGGAUCCCUCAUUCAUUCCCACUUUUGAGAUUUGCUGCAAGUCUUAGCCCUGGUCUACACUAGGAGUUGAGGUUGAAUUUAGCAGUGUUAAAUCGAUUUAACCCUGCACCCGUCCACAGGACGAAGCCCUUUU